UUGGGGGGAGGUUUAUGUGUACAAUUAGUGUGUCAUGUCGGUGGUGAGUGAGGGUUAGAUCUAACUAAAAACAAAAAAAAAACAUAAAAAACAUUUUAAAAAAUUAAUAGUUAAAAUUGUUUUGGUGCUAUGGCGUGUAUAAGAAGAUCAAGUAGAUUAUGUGCUCAAAUUGAAAAAUUAUGUCAACAUUCUGAUCAUGUUGUUGAACUUCAACGAAGAGGUUUUUAUCAAAAGUGUUGUCAUCAUCAGAUGACUAGUCUUUUACAUAAUUAUAAAAAAAAUAUAAUAACACAAGUUGAUAAUAAAAAUAUAAAUCUAAAAACAAGAUCAAUGCAAAUACAACAACCUGGAUCACAACAAGAGACACAUGUAGACUUGAAUAAUCUUUUGAGUGAUGAUUUAAAAGGUUUUUAUGAUGAUAUUAAAAAAGAAUUAAUAAAUAAUACAAAUGUUGAAGAGCUAAAACAAAUAUCAACAUAUUAUUUUGAUGGUCAUGGAAAAGCAUUUCGUCCAAUGAUAACUAUAUUAAUGUCACGUGCUAUUAAUUGUCAUCAUAAUAAUAGAGAUGAAUUAUUAUCAUCACAACGACAAGUUGCAAUGAUUGUUGAAAUGAUACAUUGUGCAUCAUUAAUUCAUGAUGAUGUUAUUGAUCAAUCAGAUACACGUCGUGGUAAAGCAUCAGCAAAUAUUGUAUGGAGUCAAAAAAAAGUAACAAUGGCUGGUAAUUUUAUUUUAGCAAUUGCAUCAAUAAUGAAAGCACGUUUAAAAAAUGAUGAUGUAACACUUACACUUAGUAAGGUUAUCACAGAUUUAGUACAAGGUGAAUUAAUGCAACUUGGAUCAAAAGAAAAUGAAACUGAAAGAUUUAAACAUUAUCUUAGUAAAACAUAUAGAAAAACAGCAAGUCUCAUAGCAAAUGGUGCUAAAUCAGUUGCAAUGCUUGGUGGUGCUGAUGAAAAAUUAGCUGAUAUUGCAUAUAAUUAUGGAAGAAAUAUUGGUUUAGCAUUUCAAUUGAUUGAUGAUCAUCUUGAUUUUGUUUCGUCAUCUGAUAAAAUGGGUAAACCAACAGCUGCUGAUUUAAAACUUGGUUUAGCAACAGCUCCAGUACUUUUUGCAUGUGAACAAUAUCCAGAAUUAGAUCCAAUGAUUAUGCGUCGUUUUCAAGAACCUGGUGAUGUUGAACGUGCAUUUGAACUUGUUAAUAAAUCACAAGGACUUGAACAAACAAAAUAUCUUGCACAAAAACAUUGUGAUGAAGCAAUUAAACUUGCACGUAGUCUUGUUGAUAGUCCAUAUCAAAAAGGACUCAUUGACAUAAGUGAACUUGUUGUUAAUCGUGAAAAAUAGAUAAAUUAAUUUUUGUAUAGUUAAAUUAAUCAA